UUUAAAAUAAAUAAAAUAACGUGACCCUUUGUUUUCAUCGAUGAAUGAAUAAACAAAAGCUUGAAGAAAAAAAUCCUGAAUUUAGAAUUACUCGCUGGCGGAAUCAGAUCGAACCACAUCGAAGAAAAAAAAAAGAAAAAAAAAAGAAGGCAUUGUUGGUUGUCAGUGAUUCCAUUAACAGGGGAGCUCUGUUUCUGAAUCGAAUUUCAGAAAAAAAAAAUGGGGAGCUUGGGGACGUUUCUGAGAUACCCUGAUGAUAUAUAUCCGCUCUUGAAGAUGAAACGAGCGAUGGAGAAAGCAGAGAAGCAGAUCCCACCUGAGCCUCACUGGGCUUUCUGCUACUCUAUGCUCCACAAGGUCUCUCGAAGCUUCUCUCUCGUUAUUCAGCAACUUGGCACCCAGCUUCGUAACGCUGUGUGUGUGUUCUACUUGGUUCUUCGAGCUCUUGAUACUGUUGAGGAUGACACUAGCAUACCAACUGAUGAAAAGCUGCCCAUCCUGAUAGCCUUCCACCGCCACAUAUAUGAUAUUGACUGGCACUAUUCAUGUGGUACGAAGGAGUACAAGGUUCUAAUGGACCAAUUUCACUAUGUUUCUGCAGCUUUUGUGGAACUUGAAAAAGGGUAUCAAGAGGCUAUUGAGGAAAUAACUAAAAGAAUGGGUGCAGGAAUGGCCAAGUUUAUCUGCCAGGAGGUAGAGACUGUUGAUGACUAUGAUGAGUACUGCCACUAUGUUGCUGGACUUGUGGGUUUGGGUCUGUCUAAACUCUUCCUAGCUUCCGGAUCAGAAGUUUUGACCCCAGACUGGGAGCAUAUCUCCAACUCUAUGGGUUUAUUUCUUCAGAAAACAAACAUUAUAAGAGAUUAUCUUGAGGACAUUAAUGAAAUACCAAAGUCCCGCAUGUUUUGGCCUCGCAAGAUAUGGGGCAAAUAUGCUGCCAAGCUCGAGGACUUAAAGUACGAGAAGAACUCAAAUAGUUCAGUGCAGUGCUUGAAUGAAAUGGUCAGUAAUGCUUUGACGCAUAUCGAAGAUUGCCUGAAAUUCAUGGCUUCGUUGCGUGAUCCUUCCAUAUUUCGGUUCUGUGCUAUCCCUCAGAUCAUGGCCAUUGGAACACUUGCAUUAUGCUAUAACAAUGUGCAAGUGUUUAGAGGCGUUGUGAAAUUGAGGCGAGGUCUUACUGCUAAAGUGAUUGAUCGCACAAAGACAAUGGCUGAUGUCUAUGGUGCCUUCUAUGAUUUUUCUUGCAUGCUUAAAACAAAGGUUGACAAGAAGGAUCCAAAUGCUAGUAAGACACUAAAACAACUAGAAGACGUUCAGCAGCUCUGCAGAGACAAUGGUGUUCUUCAUAAGAGAAAGUCUUAUGUUAAUGACAAAGGACAAUCAAACAAUCUUUAUAUUGUAAUGCUUAUGAUUCUACUGGCUAUAGUCUUUGCAUAUCUCAGAGCAAACGGAGUGGUCAGUGAUGAUGAGCAGUGAUUUGUUUGUUGGUUCAGUCUUUUACUCUUUUCUUCUUAGAGCUGAAUCUCAUAUUCAAGAUUGUUUCCCUAACAAAAGAGAGAGAGAUUAAACUUGGUUUGGUCUUAAACCAUGGAUUCUAUUUUUAGUUA